AGAGCAAUUUUAUAUAAAUUAGGUUAGAUUAGAUUAUGAAAUUUUUAUUUCUUUUUUUACAGAUUGUUGCCUGCAACUUUUGAAUUUCUGUUAGAAUUGAUAGGACCUGCAUUAAAUACAACGAAGUCAGUUAGAGGCAGGAAACUUAUAUCGGCACAAAAGCAACUUUUGAUGGCCUUGUGGAUGAUGGCAACCCAGAUUCAUAUAGGUAUUUUCAUGAUUCUUGUCAAAGUUAGGGAAGAGGUGUCUCAUUUUAGUAACAGAAAUUACAUGAAGAUCUGUGUGUACAAAAUUUAAUUUAGGGAAGGCUACAGCAAUUCGUACCAUGAGAAGAGUUACUUAUGCUUUGCACACUCUGGCUCCCCAAUUUAUUCAGUGACCUCUAGGCGAAAGAGCAAAUAAAGUAAUGAUAGAAUUUGAAAGAGUCAGCGCAUUUCCUAAUGUAAUAGGAGCCAUCGACGGCACUCACGUUAAAAUAAGAGCUCCACAAGAGGAUAAACAGUCAUAUGUGAACCGUAAAAGAUAUCACUCAAUCCAUGUACUAGCUGUUUGUACUCAAAAUUUGCUUUUCUCGAGUGUUUUUGCUGGCACUGUUGGAUCCGUACACGAUGCACGUAUUUUUCGGCUCUCUCCUGUUAGCCAAUAUAUUCAAAAUCCACAGAUGUACUUUCCUAAUAAUUCUCAUCUUGUCGGAGAUUUUGCCUAUAGUAUUCAUCCUCAUAUCAUGGUACCUUUUAAAGAUAAUGGACACCUAUCGGACAGACAAAAAAAUUUUAAUUGUUUGUCUUCUGCAAGAAUUGCCAUUGAAAGGGCAUUUGGACUGUGGAAAGGACGAUGGAGAAAUAUUAUUGAUUGCCUUCCUAUGGUCACCUUAGAAAAAAUUUCAGAAUACUUAAUAGCUACUUGUGUAUUGCACAAUAUCUGUAUCUUAAAAGAUGAUUUAAUGGACUUCAACGAAAUACGGAUAAAUGAGCAAGGUAUACAUCGUGGAACAUUACUAUCUGGUAGAAUGGCAGAUGGUAAUGCAAAACGGCAAACAAUUAUGAACAAUCUAAUAAUGAGAAACAACUGAUGUUCAUUACAUAAACUAUGUUGUAUUUCGAUUUUUAUAUUUAACAUAUGUUAAUAAAUACAUUUUAGUUUUCAUACUAUUUUCUUAGCAUUUUUUAAUUUAAAAUCUAAGCUGUCUUAUCAAUAAUCACAGAUCAAAAUAAAAAUAAUUAUAAUAGUUAUAGUAUUAUAUACAGGGUGUUUCACUCAAAGGUUUAAACCUUCCGCCCACAGGUAGAUCUGGUCACAUUAAAUAAAAAAGUCCUAUACCAUUUUGCAAUUUAUCACGUAAAUUUCGAGUUAGUAAUAAAAGAUACUGAGCGAAUCAGUACGCGCGAGCCAGAGCGAGGCGGGUAAGUGGGUAUAACAGGGCUUGCCGCUCGCGCGAGGCGAUGGCCGCGAGUAUCGGAUUACAGCGGCAAGCGGCGGCAGACGAUACGACGCGUGGACGAUACUUUCUCAGCGUCUUAUUCACGCGCGUGAGUUGCCGAGGAAGUAUUGUCACGUAUUUUUUGUUCUGAUAUACGUACAAGUGUUAUUUAUU